AAGUUAGAGACAAGAUUGGUUCAGAUAUUCUAAAGCUAUGCUUGAAGGAAUUAUAUGUUUAUCGGUUCAUGCAGACAGAUCCAAACUGGUCAAACUUUAUGUAUCAGCCUGAUACAGGCAAGAUUGUGCUACUGGACUUUGGAGCAAGUCGUGAGUUUGAUAAGAAAUUUGUUGAUGGUUACAUCAAGGUGAUUCGAGCAGCAGCAGACCAGGACCUAGAGGGUAUUCUCAAAUACUCUAAAGAGUUGGGCUUCCUUACAGGCCAUGAGAGCAAGAGUAUGGAAGAAGCUCAUGUAAGUGCUGUGCAGAUUCUGGGUGAGGCACUGGCAUCCUACGAACCAUUUGACUUUGGAGCACAGGAUAUGACUAAAAGAAUAACAGAGAUCAUCCCUAUAAUGGCUGACCAGAGACUGUGCCCUCCACCGAUAGAAACCUACUCCCUCCACAGGAAAAUGUCGGGGGCAUUCCUGCUGUGUGUUAAACUCCGUAGUAGAGUACAAUGUAAAGAACUCUUUGAAGAAAUUUGGACAAAUUAUCAGUUUGGAGACUUGGAAUCCGAAGUAUGAUAUACAUGUGCUGGGAAAGUCUUUGUGCUACUAUAAAUAGGAUGAGUUUGCAUGGGUAUGAUAGUAUAUGUUGUGGUAGUCUAAAUCUUAAGGUAUGGAAGUGAUGUGUUUCUCUAAUGUGUGGUCAUAAUCUUAAAGUAUGGAAGUGAUGUGUUUCUCUAAUCAGAAGGUCAUCAUCUUAAAGUAUGGAAGUGAUAUGUUUCUCUAGUGUGAAGCUAGGUCAUCAUCUUAAAGUAUGGAAGUGAUGUGUUUCUCUAAUGUGAAGGUCAUAAUCUUAAAGUAUGGAAGUGAUGUGUUUCUCUAGUGUGAAGGUCAUAAUCUUAAAGUAUGGAAGUGAUAUGUUUCUCUAGUGUGAAGGUCUUAAUCUUAAAGUAUAGAAGUGAUGUGUUUCUCUAGUGUGUGGUCAUAAUCUUAAAGUAUGGAAGUGAUGUGUUUCUCUAAUGUGAAGGUCAUAAUCUUAAAGUAUGGAAGUGAUAUGUUUCUCUAGAGUGAAGGUCAUCAUCUUUAAGUAUGAAAGUGAUGUGUUUCUCUAGUGUGAAGGUCAUAAUCUUAAAGUAUGGAAGUGAUAUGUUUCUCUAGUGUGAAGGUCAUCAUCUUUAAGUAUGAAAGUGAUGUGUUUCUCUAGUGUGAAGGUCAUAAUGUUAAAGUAUGGAAGUGAUGUGUUUCUCUAGUGCGAAGGUCAUAAUGUUAAAGUAUGGAAAUUAUGUAAUUCUCUAGUGUGAAGGUCGUAAUCUUAAAGUAUGGAAGUGAUGUGUUUCUCUAGUGCGAAGGUCAUCAUUGGCCCUAAUGUGCUUUGUAAAAAGUGGAGGUGGGUUCAGGAAAAAAUAAUUUCCUUGUAUUCUAUAUUCUGAGCCAACUGUAGUCAUAAAUAUUGCACAUGGGUACCAUGCUGGUUGUCAAUGUGGUAUCAUGUGACUGAAAAAAUCACAUCAAAUACAGCUAUAUCAAAGAUGAUCCCUCAGUUUAACUCAAAUCCGAGAGUAUGUAGUCUGUCUGAUUGACAAUUGUAAAUGUAUAUUGUCACUACUACACUAUGUAUUAUGUCAGUUUAGAAUUGAUAUUUGGUACUGACACUAUUUGCAGUGAUAGUUAUAUCCCCUGCAAUGAAGUGGGGGGUGGGGGGGAGGGUAUACUGAAAUCAGCUUGUCCGGCUGUCUGUCCUUAGACAAAAUUUGCUAUGCAUUUGCUAAUUUUUCUAUAGAUUUCUUUGAAAUAUUUGGUGUAGUGGCAGAACCAGAUGUAGUUGUGUCCCCUGAAAUAAAUUUGUAUUUUGAAUCUUUUUAAGAGAGUUAUGCCCCUUUACAAAAAAAUUGGCAAAACUUUGUCCUGUUAUGCAUUUGCUCAUUUUUCAAUAGAUUUCUUUGAAACUUUUUCAAAUAAAUGACCUUCACCCAUAUUCAAGAUCACAGGGGUCAGAUAUGUUAAAAAC